CCUAGCAUCCACUCCCCGUCGCCGUUCCUCUCCUGCCGCCUACCUCACCUCUGCUGCUCUCCCCACCGUUCGUCCCCUUCCUGCCAUUCGCCUCUCUCUGCCGCUCGCGCCGCCGUCGCCAUCGAAGAUCUGCUGCUCGCGCUGCCGCUUCCUGAUCGCCUCGCGCGUCACGUCGUCGGGAGGAGAGGAAGGUCGCGCUGCUCUUCCCCGAGGAGCGCGCCGUUGCGCCGUCAACGGGAGGAGGCCAGGCGGAGUGACGGGAGGAGGUCAACCGGAGCGCGCCCUCGGCACCGUCUGGCGCGUUGACGGGAGGAGGACAGGUGGUGCGCGUCAUUGCAACCGGCUAGCACAAGGGCGGAGCCAUCAGUAGCGGCGGCGGUUGGGCUGAUGUGGACACGGCUGCAAGCUCGACGUGAGGCAGCGUUAGCGACGAGCUCACCAGGUAGGUUCCUGCAAAGGGGAUUUAAGAGAUGUUCGGAUCUAGCUAAACAUGAAGACUGAACUGAUAGAUUUUGUCUACUACCUAUCAAGUUCAUUCGUCCACAUUUAUCUCCUUUUAUGGUCAGUGGUGAAGAGGGCACCGCAUCCGGGUACCAAAGCCAUCCAUGCCAUUCCGUACUCCUCUCAUCAUACACUUGAUCAUUUCUUUGUUGUGGAUGUCCACGGCAAGAAUGAAGCAUGGACCUUCACGUCCCUAGGCAGAAAAGACAUACUGAUUUGAAGACCACCUCAAUUGUUUGGGAUCUGGAUUGUCUAUACAUAUUUUGUUGGUGGUUGGCCGAUUUGGCCCAUCAUAAUUUUGUCCUGCUACCAUGCAGUUCUAUGUACCAUGCAAUUUUUUUCCUCCAUCCUGGUCUCAAGAUAUUGCCGAGGGAGCGGCUGAUGGAGGCGGUCUGCAGAUGGCGUGCGAGUCAAGGAGGUCCACCGCAAGCGGCCGAUGAUGGGCGCACCGGCGAUGAGAUCUCCGGUGGAAAGAUGCAUCCAGGCCCCGACCACCUCUCCACCACGACGUGCCAGCCAGUUCUCUCUUGCCCCUCCUUCUACACCAAAUCGCCGUCUCACCCACCAGUUCCAGAGGGGGCAGAAGAGGAGCCAUUUGCACUCACCAGUAAGUUGCGGAAGGCUACAACCUCUCUCGAUGAGUACUGCCUCGGCUACAACCUCCCUCGGGGAGCUCCAUCUUCCUCCUGCUGCUCUGCUUCGGCUACUAGAUCGGGAUCGCGCCUUGGCGCGAGGGUGCUGGUCCCAACGACGUGGCCAAGCGGGUUUCUAUUGAAACAAUCACUAAAAAUGAUAAAUAUGCAAGUGGUGACAGAUUGUUGUUACCAUGUGGAUCUUAAGCUCCACCAUUUCCUACUUUUGCUCUCCUAGCCAACCCUAGGUUUCCCGGCAAGGCGAUGGUGUGCGAACCAUGUGCGCCUGCCUAGCUGUAUUGCGGCUCACGGAUGCGGCGGAGGUGGCACAUGAGCAGAUGAAAGAGGAAUAACUGAAGCCCCAAUGCCUCCACAUAUUCUUGCUCACCGACAAUGGGAGUACUAGGCAUCUCACUAGUGACUUGAUUACUGAUGGAAGGAUCUCCAUGACGAUUGAUGUUGGGAAUCAUUUGCCUCUACACCGAUGACCCUCUCAUGUUGUAUUAUACAAUGAGCUACCAUGACGUCCUCCACCGACAGCUAUUUGAACCUCAGUGCAAAUUCUUCUGUAAAAAUGACUCGCAUCAAGUCUUUUGCACUUUCCUCUCGACUUUCUAAAUGUGGAUCAUAUUAUGUGUUAUUGCUUUAUUUGAGAUAUAUCAAUGGCCAUGGAGUUUCUUUUA